AUGGCAGCGCUCGUCGUUUCGAACGCUAUCCUACCUCGGCAAGUACCGCCGCUCUCUACAUCUAUUUGGACAAGUACGCAAUCAGACGGAAAUCUCAUUACAAUCACGUCAAUUGUUACAAUAGCUACCGAUACAUCCCCCAGCAGCUCCCCUUCUUCUACCGGGGGAUCCAAUAAUACGACAACUCCGCCUCAUUCUACUAUUCCGCCUGCAACUACAGUCUCUUUAACGUCGCCCGAAACUGCCACAACAUCAGAAUCGGCGGCUUCGACAAAAUCUCCUAAUGGGCCACCCUCAGGGAUCUCGGCAGGCUCCGUCGCCGGCGCCGCCAUCGGUUGUCUUGUCGCAGGGCUCGCCAUUGGCGCUCUCGUUGCCUUCUUCCUCCUCCGCUGGAGGUUGCGGAAGAACGGGGGCCGCUUCUGGCGGCGCUACGAGGCCACUGAACCGAAGGCUUUCGGAUCUCUCCACUCGGGAAACCAUGGCAACGACGAUGUCCAGCUGAGCCAGUUCCUCCUCGACGCGGUCCCGGACAAGGAGAUUGCGAGCGAGCUCCAGUCUCUCGGCGAGCUCAUCCACCAACACGUUGAGAACCACUACCACUUGAGGCCGGUGCAGGCUAGCCCGCAGUCGCUCGCCCCGAGUCUCUCGAGCCUAGGACUGGGAGCCCUUUCCGAGCUGGGCACCGAGCAAAUCGCCGCACUCUCGAUCGACCCGAAGACGCGGCAGAUUGCGCUCCAGCACGUCAUCUCUCUCGUGGUGGUCGCCAGCAUUGACUUCAACUCGCGGAGCCGUUUCUCGAUGCUGCCGACACCCGUGGCCGGCUUCCUGCAGUCGGUUCCGCCGGUCGAGCCCGCUGGCGGCGACAAAAAUGGUAAAUUGAUACAACAGAGCCCCCCCGCGAUCACCCUUUCUCUCGGCUCACCUAUCUCAGCAACUUCACUCGCACUUUCGAAAUGGCGCACCUUGUCGGCAUUCCUCCUUCAGCCCAGUCGAAGUCAGCGGACUCCCCUCUCUCCAGUCGAGUCGGAGGUGUCUCCCAAGGCGCACAAUCUCGCCACCGCCCUCAACAAAUUCGUCCACCACUUCGUCCCGAUGGACCAGGGGAGCCGCUGUCAGCAGCUGGAACACCUGCAGGCCGUCAUUCUGGAAUUCGCGAAGCUCGGCUACGAGAUCCUGUCCCAGCCCGGUGACUGGCACUUCACAUAUGGGGCGGACGAUGCAGAUGCGGCGGGUGUCCAGCCCGUCGUGGUGUGCCCGGGUGUGGACAAGCUCAGCAGAAAGGAUGGGAGGCUCUACAACCCUGCUCGUCAGGUGGUUGCCCCCCUCGUGGCACAGUUGCCGUAUCGAAGCCGAUGA